ACCUAAUGAUAUCUGCUUUUACAUGCCAUAUUUGACUGAACUGCACUUGUAUGGAAAUAACAUAAGUGCAUUACCAUUCGAUUACAUGGAUAAUAUUGAGAAAAUACAUGAUUUCUGUAGAAUUGUACCGACACCAGGCAACGUAAGAACAAUUCCAACAUCAAAAGUCACAACAAAAAUAGCAGGAGGAACAACUCUAGCAACACAACAGUCUGUUCAAACAAUACAACAAACUGAUCAAUCGUCACAGAGAUCUGACCAAACAACACAAGGAUCUGACCAAACAACACAAGGAUCAGACCAAACAACACAAGGAUCUGACAAAACAACACAAGUAUCUGACCAAACAACACAAGGAUCUGACCAAACAACACGAGGAUCUGACCAAACAACACAAGGAUCUGACCAAACAACACAACAACCUAACCAAACAUUACAAUUACUUAACAAACUUAAUUCCUUAUCUGAGCAACAACAUAGAGAUCAUGCCUUAAUUGUAAGUUUGGCUUGUGGAAUGUCAGUUUCAAUCCUACUGGUUAUCAUAUUUGUAUUAUACCUCAUAUACAAAGCAAUAGCUAAACAACAUCCAUCAUCUCAGUUAACAAAUGAGGUACCAUGUUAUGAAAAAGAAUCAUACAUGUGAAGAGACUCAAUCCAUCAAGAUACACCUCAAUCUCUGAUGAUUUUGUUGUAGAAAUAUUUGAUUGCAUCAAUAAAUCAAUUUUGAAACAAGAACACAAAUGUGUACAACAUUUCCCCAUCAAUGGGUGAUCCUAUAUACCGCAAAUUUUUCAUCCUGAAUGCAACACUAAUCAGUUGGAAAGAAAUGAUUUGAAGAGAAAAAUCAGUUCCAAGAUUUCCAUACUAAGAAUCAUCCCUGAAAAUUUAAAAUUGAUCCCUCAAACUGUUAACCUGAAAACACAAAGACAAGACUUUACAGACGGAAAAUCCAAAAUGGCUGCCUUAACAUUUACCCAGAAUGCUGAAAAACUAAUUGGUUCUAGAUUUUCAUAUUUUAAAUCAUUCCUUAAAAUGGGUAGACAAGCCUUCACAGACACAAUUUUAGGACGGAAAAGCCAGAAACUUAAAAUUUACGCAGAAUGAGGAAAAAGUAAUAGUUCUAGAUUUUUGUACUGGGAAUAAUUCCUAAAAAUUUGAAGAUGAUCCCUCAAAAAGUUAACCUAAAAAUGCAUAGACAAGACAAUACAGACAAGAUUUUAAGACAGAAAAUCCAAAAUGGCUGCCUUGACAUUUACCCAAAAUGCCGAAAAACUAUAAUCAGAUCUAGAUUUUCAUACUAAAAAUCAUCCCUGAAAAUUUGGAAUAGGGUUUCAGGUCAUGUAGACCACUGUUGCUUGAUUUGUAGCAAAAACAUUGACUUGACGUGCAACAUUGGUGACCUUGAGUCUUUUUUAAUAUCUUAAAAGCAUAUAUUAGUUUCAUUGAUAUUUGUAUAUAAUUGAUGAACAUAGCGAUUUUAGUAUACUCUAUCUAAUAUGUAUACUGAUGUAUAUAAAUAUUUUUGUAUAUUCAGGGGUAUUUACAUGUAUAUUGAUGAACAUAGCAGUUUUAAUAUACUUUGGAACGGGAC